AUGCGCUCCGCGGCCAAAAUCUUUUAUCUGGCCGUGUGCGCCUUGUCUGGGCUUUCUCUGGCUGGAAGCUCUGACGACUCGUCUGAUCUUAACAGUCAUGACUCUUGCGCGUUCGACCCCUCCGCCACCGUCUCCGACGCCUGCGUCUCCUACGCCACAGUCGACAGACUCAACGACCACGUCUACUCCCUCCUCCAAGGCCUCACCCAGGAAACCGAUUUUUUCUCCUACUACCGCCUCAACCUCUUCAACAAAGAAUGUCCCUUCUGGUCCGACGCCAACAGCAUGUGUGGCAACAUCGCUUGCGCCGUGAACACCAUCGACGACGAAGAGGACAUCCCGCCCACGUGGCGCUCGGAGGAGCUCAGCAAGCUCGAGGGCCCCAAGGCGGGUCACCCGGGUCCCCGACAACAGCGCGAACGGCCGCGCGAUCGCCCGCUCCAGGGCAUGCUGGGUGAAAAUGUCGGCGAGAGCUGCGUGCUGGAGUAUGACGAUGAGUGUGAUGAGCGGGAUUACUGUGUGCCUGAGGAUGAGGGGUCCAGCGGCAAGGGUGACUACGUCAGUCUGGUCGAUAACCCCGAGCGCUUCACCGGGUACAUGGGCCAAGGCGCCCGUCAGGUCUGGGACGCCAUUUACCGCGAGAACUGCUUCCUGAAGCCGACCGCUGAGAUGGAGCUGUCCCCCAACCCGGGCGCUUCGCAGCUGGGCGGCGGCGGUCUCCAAGGCGGCGGCCUCCAGGCCGUCAACGACUUCCGCAACGUCAUCCAGCAGGAGAUGAGGCGGCCCGAUGCCCCCCCGCUGGACGACGAGUGCCUGGAGAAGCGCGUUUUCCACCGGGUCAUCAGCGGGAUGCACGCGUCCAUCACGACGCAUCUCUGCUGGGACUACUUCAACCAGACGACAGGCCAGUGGCACCCGAACCUCCAGUGUUUCAAAGACCGACUGCACGACCACCCCGAGCGCAUCUCCAACCUGUACUUCAACUACGCGCUCGUUUCGCGCGCCGUGGCCAAGCUCCGCAAGCACCUCGAAGCCUACACCUUCUGCAACAGUGACCCCGUCCAGAACGCCGAGACCCGCGACAAGGUCUCCCAGCUGACGACCGUGCUCGCCGACCGCCCGCAGAUCUUCGACGAGAAACUCAUGUUCCAGGACCCCAGCGCCGCUGGCCUCAAGGAGGACUUCCGCAACCGCUUCCGCAACGUCAGCCGCCUGAUGGACUGCGUCGGCUGCGACAAAUGUCGCCUGUGGGGCAAGCUCCAGGUCAACGGGUACGGCACCGCGCUCAAGGUCCUCUUCGAGUACGACGAGACCAAGAACGGCGAGAACCCGCACCUGCGCCGCAUCGAGCUCGUCGCGCUGGUCAACACGCUCGCCCGCAUCUCGCACAGUCUCGCUGCCGUACGGAGCUUCCAGCGCGCAAUGGAGAUUGGUGAGGGCGGCGUGUUCGCCAUGCCCGCCGGUUCGGCAUCGCCGCUCCGCGAACAUGGCGGUGGUAAACGGACGAGACGACUGGUCAAGGACGGUGGGUCUACGUUUUACUACGAGGAAGACGACGACGACGAGUACGUCUAUAUGACGGAGAAGAUGCCGUGGGAGCGGGCGCCGCGUCGGGAUACCGACACCGUCUGGGAUGAUGUCAAGGCGGAGUUUGCUGUGGUGUGGGACACGUAUAUGUACGUGUUGAAGUCGUGGUGGUAUCUCCCGAAGACUCUAUUCGAGCUCGGCGUUCUCGAGUUCAACCGGCUUUGGAACUACUGGCUGGGACUCCCGGUUCCCCCGCGCGCCUGGCGAAUCCAGAAGCCCCGAUCGUCGGAUGGGGGUGUUCAGGAUGAGCUAUGA